AUGGCUUCAGGGCUCGCACGCAAAUACGAGAUCAACGCCGACAUGGGCGAGGGCUUCGGCCGAUGGAAGAUGGGCCCGGACGAGCAGCUGAUGCCUUACCUCGACGCCGCCAACAUCGCCUGCGGGUUCCACGCCGGCGACCCAACCAUCAUGCUCAAAACCGUCCGCCUGUGUAAGCAGCACGGCGUCAGGGCCGGCGCCCACCCCGGACUCCAGGACAUGUUCGGCUUCGGCCGCAGGAAGAUCGAGAUCGACCCCAAGGACAUGUACGCCAUGGUGCUGUACCAGGUAGGCGCCCUCAAGGCUAUACUGGACUCGGAGGGCGUCGCGUUGUCCCAUAUCAAACCGCACGGCGAGCUCUUCUUCUACAUGCAGAGAGACGAGGCCAUCAUGAGAGCCGUCCUGGAAGCGUGCGCCACCUUUGGGAACGACGUCCCCGUCUACGCGUCGCAGAACCCCGCCCAGGAAGCCAUGUGCAAAGAGCUGGGCAUUCCCUUCCAGGGGGAGGUCUACGUCGACAUCGACUACUCCCCCGAGGGCAAGCUCAUACCGGUCGCACAGUCCAAGGUGGCCACUCCAGAGCUGUGCUACGAGAGAGCCCUAUCUGCGUCGCUUGAGGAUUCGGGCAAGGACAACAACGGCGACGUCUUCAGCUUCGGGUUCCAGGGCAAGCCAUUCAGCAUCUGCGUUCACUCGGACCAUCCGACGGUUCUUCAGAAUGUGACGGGGGUGCGUAGGGCGGUUGAUGAGGCGAACAGGCAGAAGUUUCCUGCCAAAUAG